GCAGACCUCUGCGUUAUGACCUGGCUGCUGGGCUACGUGAACCGGGAUUCCAGCUUCGUGGCGGCCAUCCUCACCAUUGCUUUCAAUCCGCUCUUCUGGAACGUGGUUGCAAGAUGGGAACAGAAAACCCGCCAGCUGAGCAGGGCCUUCAGAUCUCCCUACCUGGCAUGCUACUUCCUGGGCAGUGUCAUCUUGCUCUUAAAUGUCCUGCGCUCACACUGCUUCACACAGGCCAUGCUGAGCCAACCCAAGAUGGAAGGUCUGGAUAACCCCACCGCCUUUUGCUUGGGCCUGAUGCUUCUGGGUGUGGGCACCUUGUUUGUGCUUUCCAGCUUCUUUGCACUAGGGUUCACUGGAACCUUCCUAGGUGAUUACUUCGGGAUCCUCAAGGAGGCACGAGUGACCACAUUCCCCUUCAACAUCAUGGACAACCCCAUGUACUGGGGAAGCACGGCCAACUACCUGGGCUGGGCCAUCCUACAUGCCAGUCCCACAGGUCUGCUUCUGACGGUGCUGGUGGCCCUCGUCUACAUGGUGGCCGUUCUGUACGAGGAGCCUUUCACCGCAGACAUCUACCGGCAGAAGGCCUCCCGGUCUCACCGGAGAAGCUGAUGGGCCCACAGCCAAAGGCCUGGCUGACCUACUGGCCUGCCCACUGCAAGUACACAGCCAAGCUCUGGGAAGAGUGGUGUUGGGCCACUGCUCCUGGCUUGUGCCCAGUGUGGGCUGCUCCAGUGCCUUGGAAACCACUGCCUUGGGGGCCCUGGACAAGCUGCCAUUGGCCACUGAGCCCCCCUGCCCCAUUGUCCCUACUGUUCCCACACCAAUAAAGAUGCCCUGACCCCAGCAUUCCUCCAGGUUUCUUUCCACCCUCAUCCUUGUCCUCAUGGGGAAGGAGUAGGCUCUGGGCUCCAGGAGGGAAGGGCAGGGCCUGGGAUGUCCCUUGAGGGUUCCUGGCCAGGCAGUGCCUUCCUCUGGAUCAUCCCAGUGCUGUGAGGUGGCACCACUGUCCAGGCUUCACAGAAGAGGAACUCAAUGGAAAGGCAUCAGUGAUUCUUCUGGCUGUGACCACAUCUUCACCCCUAGGUAACCCCACCCCCGCCAACCCCAGCACUCCCAGGACACCUCCUCACUGUCCCUUUCCUCAAGUGGAUCCAGUCAGAGUCUGUAAACAUGAGGGUGGAGUUGUGUAGAUGUGUCACUAUGUUGUCCCUGGCCACCCUAGUCUAGUUGGAGAGAAGACACUGUCAUCUAAGAGUCACCACCCAGCAACUGGACAUGCAGUGUCCACAGGGUGCCCACAUGAGCUGCCAACCAAAAGGGCAACAGGGAAGCCCUGUGAGGGUUGGGGCAUGUGCCAGGCAGGGCUCAGGUGACCCCAAGUGUCAGGUCAGGAAUGGCUGGGGGGACUACAGAGGUGGCCAAAAGGGAACCUUCUACCCCUUCUCACACCAGCGUGGCCACUUCCUGUCCUCAGGCCCUGGACUCAGUGGGGUGAUCAUCCCUGGGGUGCCAGACACCAAACAUCAGGCCAACAUUCCUCUGCAGGGUCUCUUCAUUGGCCCCAGUCAGGGGCUCCCAGAAGGGCUUGUGGGAUUAGGGCUCUAGAGAGCAAGGCCUCUGCCUGUGUCAUCCCCACCCUCCUCCAUCUGUGACCUUAGGCCCUCCUUUGGCUCCUGGACUCUUCAGUCAAGCUCAGGGACUGCAUGGGACAGCGUCUGGGGGCUGUCCUUUUUUAAACAUCCCCAGUAACUGUCAUCCAGGCCCCAAGGUCGUGGCUGGGUCAUGGCUGGAUUGGGCAUUUAUAAAGUGCCAGGGACCACAGUGUGCACAGGGCCACAGUGGGAACUCCUUCCAAGGAAGCCUGGGCCUCCCCUCCCAGCAUCAAGGGUGGGUGCCAAGAGCCUCCACUGGCUGGAGUCCUGGGCCAGAGCACAGGACAGAGGCCAGACUGUCUGCCUUGAAUUCCUCCCUUCCCCAGUGCCUUCAGUGAUAAGACCACUGGGCCAGGCUGUCCCUUACCUGCGUCCUCACCACCCCAGGACGUGGUAGCAACUUGGUUCUGUGCAGAUCUUUGCCAGUACUGUUCUCUUCUCUGAACCUCCUUCCCUGCAGUGAGGAUGCUUGACCAAGAGAGGCUCAGCCUGGGUGGCCUCCCAGUCCCUGGGACAUGGUCCCACCUGUGUCCCUGUCAGCCCAGCACCCACUGUGCCUGGCUUUAUUUUUAGGCACCAAUUGCUCAGCACCAAGCUGUGUGUGCUGGCAGCAUGGGGAGGAAGCCUGGGUUCCCUGGCAACAGCUUGGCUCAGCCUGGUGGGGUUCCUCUGGUCACUCCCACCCUCAGUCUUCUGCUGACCUCCCACCCACCCCUCACCAUGGCUGGGUUCCACCCACAUACACCUCCAUCCCCUGCCAAAUGUAGAUGGCAUCAGGACACCCCAUGACCCCAUGUUCUCCUCAAGAUACAGUCUCACCCCAUUAACUUGGGAGUCCAGCUUCCUUCUCUCCCCAGGACCUGGCCCGCUGCAGCCCCUUCCCUUCCACUUGGGCCACAGAGAACUCAGAUCUCAGAUCACCUCCUCAUCUACCCUUGUUGCCCCCUCCACCUGGAAUGAUCCCCCUUCCCACCCAUCCAUCCCAUAAUAUUAAGUUCUUCUAUGAACCAAGCACUGAACUCAGCAAUGACCAGUUUUUAGGCCCUUUCCUUGGGGCACACCUCCCUUUUGGAGCACAUUUUAUGUCAUUGUUACCACAUCCUCAAUCUCAGGGGAGCAAUUCUUGCUGGUGAGGUGAGGACUGAGGAGGUGGCAGUGAGAUGAGGUGGGUGAGGGAACAGAAGCUUUCCAGCAUGUGCCAAGGCCCCAAAGCCUGGGGAGGGGCCUGGGUUCUGCAGCAACACUGUGGGGUUUGACUGAAUAGUAGGUGACAGGGUCCCUCUGGCUGCUGGGUGGGAGCAGGUUCUACAGUGAAGGGGGCCUUAGGGCGAGGAGAUGUCAUUUCAUACUUCCAUUUCAAGGCUAAUUUUAACCUCCUGAUGGAGAUAUAACUCCUAUACCAUACAUACAACUCACCCAUUCAGAGUGAACUAUUUGAUGGUUUUUAGUUUACCCACAGGGUUGUGCAACCAUUGCCACAGUCACUGUAAAACAUUUCAUCACUCCAAAAUAAAUAAAUAGAAGAAACCCCCGUACCCCUUAGCUGUCAGCCCAGGGCUGUCCUCCAGCAUUAAUGAAGCACCAAUCUGCUUCCUCUCUCUGGAUUUGCUUAUUUUGGACAUUUCAUACAAAUGAAUCACAAUAUUUGUCCUUUUGUGUCUGACUUUUCAUUUAACAUGUCUUUGAAGUCUGCCCAUGUUUUCUCAUGUGUCAUUAUUUGUCUUAGUCUGAUUUUUGUUGUUGUUGCUAAAUCUGAAUACCACUAAUUUAUAAAGAAUAAAGGUUUAUUUGGCCUCCUGGUUCUGAA